AGAUAACCGAUAAUCGAAUCGAUAAAACUGAUAAAUUUACAGUUUGAAAUCGAACAAAACCGUAGUUUUCGACACGAUUUUCAGUUUUAAUACUGACAAACUGAAAAUUCGAUUAACCGUUCGGUUUUGACCUAACGUGCAACCCUAUACAGGCCUGUGUGCAAAACAUAAUUUUUAUUUUUAUUUCAGUUUUUCACUAUGUGAUAUUAAGCUGACCCAGGGCCUCGGCCUUCUCUCUCAUCGUGUGUUGUUUAUUUCUAUCCGUUGCAUUUUCUCUUCUCUCUCUAAUAAUCUUACAGGUGGGCUGCCAGCUUCAAUGGCGACCGAAGAGUAUAACCGACCUCAUUCACUCCCUCCGUAUCCGCAGAUGAUCAUGGAAGCAUUAGAUGCACUGAAACAAGCCGAGGGUGCCAACAAGUCAUCGAUUUCCAAAUAUAUGGAGUCCAAGUAUGGCGAGAUGCCCCCGGCCCACUCAGAUUUGCUGUCACACCAUUUGAACAGGAUGAAGGACAUUGGUGAACUUCUUUUCAUCAAGAACAACUACCUCAAACCCGGCCCAGAUGCCCCCUUGAAGCGUGGUCGAGGCCGCCCCCCAAAGCCCAAGGACCCUCUACCCCCAGACACCAUCCUCCCACCAUCUAGGCCCAGGGGCCGCCCGAGGAAAGAUCCAAAUGCACCCCCAGCCCCAAAGAAGCCCAAGCCUCCGUCUGGCCCACCAAGCAUGUCCAAGACUGGGAGGCCCAGAGGAAGGCCCAGGAAGGUCAACCCGCAGCCUUUCCAGAAUGGAUCCGAUGCCUGAUGAGAUGGUUUGUGUUGGCUGGCUAUUUGACUUAAGAGGUUGUUUUAUGUGUGUUUUAGUAGGGCGUUUUUCAUUGAAUUGGUGUUCUUUCUAUUGCUGUUUUAUAAUUUGUGGUGUUUGUGUGUAGUGUAGUUUGGCCAGCAUGCUGUAAAUUUGGGGGUACUCGUCUACUGCUAUUUUAUGUCAUGACCUAACCUGUUUAUCUAGUGUUAUUUAUUGGGCUGACUUUUGUUGUUCUCAUGUUGUUUACUUCGCGUGCCCUUUCUUGUCUAGCGUUGUGAAAGUGAUAUGGCUUGUUUUUGUGUAGUAGCAAAAAUUAGCCCAUCAUCUCUUCGCAUAAGUGAUUCAC